CAAAAUUGUUCGUGAGAGAGAGACUCCAUUGUCGCUCUGAAGCUACAAAAUUUUUUCCCGAGAGGACACUGACGAGAAGACCCGAGAUCAAGCGGUCGGUUUCUCCUGCUCGGGAGCUUCCUGAUCAGAGCUCUGCGAGUCUCGAGUCCUCCUCGUGCGGCCGGUAAUGGUAAGCGCGAGAGUGAAGGAGCGAGAGAGCGGGCGGGGUUCCGGGGCGAUGGGCUCCUCCGAAAGGCCGAAGCAGCUGCACAAUUUCGCGCUUCCGUAUCUCCGGUGGAGCAACCAGAAGCACCUGCGGUGCGUGAAAGUGAGCAAUCCCAGUCCCAGCGUCUUGGACGACGGCGGCGGUCGAUCUCUCAAGGUCGCGAUCAGGCGGGUCGAAUCGGACGCCGAGGAUGCGAGCGCGGCGCGGGCGCUGGGUAAGCCCACGGUGGUCAUCAUCGGGCCGCGAAACGGAGGCGGCAGCGGUGAUGAUGGAAUAGGAUGGCAGAGAGAGAAGAGGAGGAUGAGCGAUGAGCUUUGGCGAGAGAGGGAGGAAGAUUCCGGUGUUCUGGCCGAGAACAAGGAAGCGUCGGAGCAGGAACCGGGUGCUGUGGCAGCGGCGCAGGCGACUGUGCCGUGGAAUCUGAGGACGAGGAGGCCGGGUUAUAAGGCUCCGGCCGCCGCCAAUGGAGGAGCGAAAGUCGGUGAUUCUCCGUCGAGGAGCGAGGGCGUUGAUGCUGGUGGUAGUGGCAGCGGUGGCGGCGGCAACGGUGGGAAGAACGAGGAGAGAGCCAAGUUCGCGGUGCCGCUCCAGAGGAAGGAAAUCGAGGGGGAUUUCAUGGCGAUGACCGGACAUCGGCCGCCUCGGAGGCCGAAGAAGAGAAACAGGACAGUGCAGAAGAAUUUGGAUGCUCUUUUCCCUGGAUUGUGGUUGACGGAAGUUACAGCUGAUGCGUACAAAGUCGAAGAGGCUCCUGAAAAUCCAAAAGGUAGCAAAGGGAGCGGGCACCUGUAAUGGAACUCCAAGUAACUUCCUUUUGGCUCUCUGCGAAUUGGGUUGAUGGUGGAACCGGGGAAGGGUCCUUUUCCACCUUGCUUGUCACUGACGAUUAGUUGCUUGGAAGUGCUGAUUUAGGUUGAUAAUUAGUUAUACAUCGAUCUCUCUCUCGAUCUCAAUAAGGCUCUUUUUUUUUUUUUUCCAUAAAGAUGGGCAAUCUCCCUCAACUGCGAGGAUUCUGUGAAUAAUUGGGUAUUGGAUGUUUCAUUCUGGUUUCGAUCGUUGCAUAUGUUUAUCAGCAAAGUUUGAUAUGGUUAUCAUUUAGCCAAUGACAG